AUGCAAUGGAAGCCGGAAAAGCUGCUCCUUGUGACCCACAGACUAUCUGCUCAUAGUAUUACCCCACUCGAAGACGCCAUCGAUGGUAACCAUGAGAUGCACGCGCCUGUAUUUGAGGAUGAGUUCCAGUACCCAGAAGGAGGCUGGACAGCCUGGUCCCAGGUCAUAGCCGGCAACACGCUCAACAUGCUGGCAUGGGGCCUGCCGGCCUCGUUCGGCGUGUACCAGCUGUACUACACGGAGCAGACUGGACUCUCGUCAUCCCAGGCCUCGUGGAUCGGCUCGGCACAGGUCUUCCUGACGCUUGCCCUCGGCACUGUCUCGGGGCGGCUGGCGGACGCAGGAUAUUCCAGGCACGCUGUGCUAGCAGGGUGCCUCGUGAUUGUGUCGGGCACGCUGUUGACGAGCUUUUGCACGCGAUACUGGCAGAUACUGAUGAUACAGGGUGUCUACAUUGGUCUAGGAUUGGGCAUGGCGUAUAUGCCUAGCAUUGCUGUUAUCGGGUGUUAUUUCAAGCGGCGGCGUUCGCUGGCUCUCGCAAUCUCCACGACGGGCGGCGGCUUCGGCAGCUUGAUCUUCCCUUCGGCCCUGCAGUACCUCAUCCCCAGGGUCGGUUUCCCCUGGGCCGUCCGGUUCUCUGCCCUCGUGGCCUUCGUCAUGGCACUUAUCGCAAACUUGCUCCUGAAGCCGCGUGUCUUUCCCGCGAAGUCGGGCCCAUUCGUCGAUCUGGGCGCCUUUAAGGAGAUGCCGUAUCUGCUUUUCACCAUUGGAGUGUGCCUUUACUUCAUGGCUCUCUACUUCAGCUUCUUCUACAUCAAUGCAUUCGCACGCCAGGUCAUCGGGUUGUCCGCCACCGAAGCAGUAUCUCUACUUCUGGUCACCAACGCCGCGGGGAUACCGCUGCGGCCAAUGGUGGGCUACAUCGCCGACCGCCAUGUCGGUCCGAUCAACACCUUCACGGUCGCAACAUUCGUCCUCGCCUGCAUGGAGUUCGCCUGGGUCGGCGUGAAGACCAGGGCGGGCAUGUAUGUCUUCAGCGUUUUUCUGGGCAUGGCCAACGGCGCGGCGCAGGGAAUCGUUUUGGGUGCACUGGCGAGCCUGACCGCGGACCCCCGGAAGAUGGGUGUGAGGUUCGGCAUGGUCGCUACCUUGUCGGGAGUCGCCACGCUCGCAGGGCCGCCAAUAGCUGGUGCAAUCAUCGACAAGACGAGUGGGGGAUAUGUGUGGGCGCAGAUCUGGGCUGGGGCUGUUUUCCUCGCUAGCUCGUUCCUUAUUGCGGCGGCUAGGAUAUCUAAGUCACGGAAGGUCGGAGCUAUCCUGUGA